AAAUGCAGAAAAUUCUGAGCUUCAUUGAGAAAUGUUUAGAGUUAUUUAGAUUUUUUACUAUUUCAUGGAUGAAUUAAGUCAAAAUCUGUAUUAAUAGUGUUAAAAUUGGUUGUAGUUAUUAAUAAAAAUGUUUCGUCGAAGCUUUAUUACUCCUGGGGUUUUGUGGCUAAAGCGGAACCAAAUUAACACCGAUUACGCAAGACGAUUGCAACCUCAAGUCCAUGUUUACAAACGGGAGCAAGGCACAGUUGCCGUAGAAGAUAGUUAUGUAAAAAAGUUCAUGAAAGCUGUUGGUUGGAUGGAUCAGUCACGUACUCGUCUCAAACUAACUGGCUACUUCUUGUAUGAAAGUGUUCCUGACAAAGUAAUUUAUAAAGAAUGGUUUGAUAAAUUAGAUUUGCCAGAUACAUUUGUUUCUUGGUUCACUAUUACUGAGCUGCAUGUGUGGAUGUUGAUGGUGCGAUACAUGGCAGAAGAUAUCAUCACAUCACCCAAUGGUAAUCAACAAUAUGUGAAAGGAGAUGGCCAUUUCGUAAGGAACUGUAUCAUUGAAGCUUUAUGGGCGGAUGUUGGAAAUAAAAUCAAACUUUUGGAGGGUGCAAAUCCAGCAAUAGCAAGAAAACAAGUAUCAGAACUAUCUGAGCAGUUCCAAGCUGCCUUAGUGGGCUACGAUGAGGCAUUGAAUGAUGACAAAAUACUGGCUGCAGCAAUCUGGAGGCGCUUUUAUACAUUAUCAGAAGAUGCCAAGGCAGAAAAUGUUGAAAGGAUUGUUCAUUUUGUCAGACAUCAGAUAUCAUUAUUGGACAAGAUUCCUAGUGAAGAUUUGAAAUUCAAACCUAACAUUGCUUGGUUAAGUAUACUAGAUCACUAGUUUUAUAAGUUUUAUGUAGGGCUUUUUUUUUG